AUGAAAUAUUUAUUUUCAAACAUUCCAGGCACCUACUUCUCCUUGUUCAGCGAGAAAGACAAGGAUAUGUAUUAUUCAAUGAAGGAUAAUAACGUAGGGGGCCCCAGCAUUAUCUUUAACAGGUACCACGAGAAAGAGAAAUCAUUCAUACGGAAGGAAGAAAUGCGACCCAGAGGAAAAGAAUCGAAACCCUGCAAAAAUGUAGUUGGUUACGAUGCCAAUGCGCUCUACUUGUGGGCCAUCAUGCAAGACAUGCCAACGGGGCAGUACACAAGACGGUUAGAGGAGGACGGGUUUAAGAAACGGUGGAGUGGAAAAAUGGCGAUCGAAUGGUUAGAAUGGCAAGCGUACAGUCGCUGCAUUAGUAUCAGACACGAGUACAACAACACAGAGAAAAGAAUUGGCACUCGUCGUCUCCCUGUUGACGGUUUUCACGCUGAAUCACAAACGGUGUUUCAGUUUCAUGGUAAGUUGUUGUUUUAGUGUAAUUAGUUAAGAUUAAAUUAAUUAGCUAGGAUUAAGUUAAUUGUGUGGGAGUGAGCUAAUGAGUUUUUUAGCGAUUGCGUGGGCUUGUAGGAUAACUUUAUUUUUCUUUUGUAGGUUUAACUGUAUUGCACUUUAUUUUAAUAGGUUGUUAUUGGCAUGGGCACAACUGUCAUCUGAACGAAGGGAAAGAAGUAAACGAAAAACGUGAUAAGCCGAUGAAGGAACUCCUUGAAGAUACCCAAAGAAACAGCGCCUAUAUCACGAAGCAGGGAUUCAAUCUCGUUGAAUGUUGGGAGUGUGAGUGGCGAGAGAUGAAGAAACGAAACACACCGCUGCAACGAUUCAUUGCCACGCAACUUCGCUGA